AGCCAGUGCAUGAAUGAAACCUACAGGACCUUAUAGGCGGCAGACAUGGAGCUCAAAAUUCAACUAACGCUGCCCUUUCUCCUUGUUCAGGUCCUGCUCCAAGUAUUUGCAGUGAAUUUGGACUGCACACCUGGAUUCCAGAAGAAGAACUAUCAAGUCCUUCAAUCUUCAGAUUUUAAAAAGGACCAGUUCAUUCUGAAAGUUCUGUUUGAUGACUGCAAUGGAAAUGAAGGGCUGGAGUUCUCAAUUUCUAACCCAGACUUUCGGGUCGAAGCAGAUGGAUCUGUGUUUGCUGUAAAAGAAAUGGCAGCCCGCGUGCCAGGAUUCCUCAUCCAGGCAACGUCUGUUCAUGCGCAGGACUUGGCUGAAGUCAGGAUUGUGGGAGAAGAAGGCAAUCGUAGUAGUGUUUUAAAGGAGAGCCUGAAGGUUGGAAACAUCUCCACUCUCCACAGAAGGAAAAGAUCUUUGAUAGCUCCUCCCAUUUCGUUCCCUGAGAAUCAAAGAGGACCAUUUCCAAAAGUUAUUGGACGGGUCAUAACUGACAGGCAAGAUGGCAUAAAAUUUCAAGUUCAUGGUAAGGGUGUGGAGGAGGAACCAAAGGGUGUUUUCAAAAUCAAUGACCAAUCUGGAGAAAUCAUUGUCACCCGUUCACUAGACCGCGAGGUGAUGGACAUGUAUAUUCUGCAAGUUGAAAUCACUGACUCCACUGGGAAACUCCUUGAAGGACCAGCCACCCUGUAUAUCACGAUUAUUGAUCAGAAUGAUAAUAAACCUCUCUUCAGGGAAGGACCGUACGUGGGCCAUGUCCUGGAAGCAUCCCCUACUGGAACUACAGUAAUGCGCAUGACAGCUUUUGAUGCAGAUGACACCAAUACAGACAAUGCAGUUCUGCGCUACAGCAUCAUUAAACAGACACCAGAGACACCAUCUCCAAACAUGUUCUACAUAGACCCAGAGAAAGGAGACAUUGUCACUGUAGUGCCACCUUCAAUCUUAGACCGAGAGACCCUGGAAGUAUUGAAAUAUGAAUUGAUUGUCCAAGCUAAAGACAUGGCAGGCAGUGAUGUGGGAUUGACAGGCACCGCAACUGCAACUAUCAUCAUUGAUGACAAGAAUGACCAUCCACCUGUAUUCACAAAGUCUAUGUUCCAAGCUACAGUGAACGAAGGAUUUACUGGAAUUAUACUGAAUCUUACCGUUGAGGACAAUGACGACCCAGCUACUGGAGCAUGGAGAGCUGUCUACACCAUUAUCAAUGGAAACCCUGACAUGAACUUCAAAAUUGAGACAAAUCCGAAGAACAAUGAUGGAAUGUUAUUUGUUGAUAAAUCUUUGGAUUAUGAAAGAUCUGCUUUUCACACAUUGCUGAUUAAAGUGGAAAAUGAAGACCCAAUCAUGCCUGAGAUUAGUUAUGGUUCCAGUUCUACCACAACCGUGCAAGUCACAGUUCUUGAUGCGAAUGAGCCGCCUGUUUUCAAUCCUGACCCGACAAUUGUAGUCAAACCGGAGAACAUCGCAGUAGGCAGUGUUAUUGUGACAUUGAAUGCAACUGAUCAAGAUAUCCUUCAGAAACAGACAAUUAAGUUUGCACAGUUUCAGGAUCUUGCUGGCUGGCUGACUAUCAAUCCUGCAAAUGGCACAGUUACAACCAAAGCUGCCCUGGAUCGAGAAUCUCCUCAUGUCCACAACAGUCAAUACACAUCCUUAUACCUUGCAAUUGAUAAUGGUGUCCCUGUUGCCACUGGCACUGGUACCUUGAUCAUCACCCUGCUGGAUGUGAAUGACAACCCACCCUCUGUUUUCCCAACCAUAGCAAAGUUCUGUGAGGAUACAAAAGAUGUCAACGUUGCAAUCUUGGGGGCAACAGACAAAGAUCUCCAUCCUAACGCAGAUCCAUUCAAAUUUCAAUUGGGCAAGCAGCCUGGAAUUGAAAAAACCUGGAAGAUCACUCAAGUAAACAGUACCCAUGCUCAACUCAGACUCCUGCAGACACUGAAAAGAGCAAACUACAUUUUGCCAAUUGUAGUGACAGAUGGGGGCGAUCCCCCACUGACCAACAGUACAGAUGUUCUAGUGCAAGUCUGCUCCUGCAAGAAGAACAAAAUGGACUGCAGCUCAGCCAACUCUCUCCACAUCAGCAUCACGCUCCUCCUGGUCUCUAUCAUCACGUUGUUCUGCCUGUAACAAGUGCUGAUGUCGGUGCUGCCUACUGAGUUGCUGUGGCAACAAGAGGAAAAAAAAAGCCAAAUCCGAAGAGUUUACAGGAUUUACAGUUGCUCAAGUUCUAGACCUCCUUGCUCCAAGCACGCUUUAAUUUGUACCUUCACUAGUCUAUCAAACUGUGCUACGGUCAGUGACAGCCUCUGACCUUACUAGCUUCCACUAAUGGGUUCCACCUCUAUGUGCAAGUGUUACAUUGUUUUUCUUUGAAGUUAGACUGAACAUCUAUGCAGAGGACUUGAGGACAGAAUACACAAUUAACCCAAUGCUCUGCUCCAGAAUAUUUUAAUUGUAAUGGCAUUGAAAAUAAGGAUAUUUUGUCAAAGCAAAACAUUUUCUACCGGAGACACUAUUUGGAAGCUAAGUAAGACAUGCUGUUGAUUCUUGUAAGGCAAAUUGUUCUCUGUGUGUCAAGGAAGUUUUAAGACAAAUUGUUCUAUCUGUGUGUCAAGGAAGUUAAACAUAGAUUGUGCGUAAGUGGUAAAUAUUGCUGUACAUGCUUUUGUUUCUCUUUCUUUUCUUUUCAAGCAGUAUUUUUAGGCAGUAUUAGAUUCAGUAACCUCUACACUGCCACAUACAGGACAGUACCACAUAUUGUGUUAAGACUAUGAGCCUCUGCCAUCACUAACCAUGUUUAAUCACACAUUCGCACAGCUUCAAAUUAAUGACAAUAAAGGACAAUAUGCUUUAUUCUAGAAUAACUCAAGACUAAUGAGAGCGAAAUAUCCAGAUGACAUAAAUGUAGGUUCUGCUAAGAAAAAUGCUGUGGGCAGUAUUGUCAGAAUAAUUGCAAUGUUGCAUGCUAAUUUGUGAUUUGGAUUUUUGCUACAAAUUUAAAAUAUUUGGCUCAGUGCUGUCUUAAACAGGUUUGGUUCGAUGUCACCAUGAUAUAUUCCACAUGGAAGUCACAAUGCAAAAAUUUUCACAUUAAGUAUCUUGCAACUUUACAUUAUGAGUAAUGACAACAAAUAGUUAUACCAAUACCCAAUAAGGAAAAUUACAACCAUCUGUCUAUUCUUCAAUUUGACAUCAAUAAACAUGAGCAGAGAGACUUCAGGACUCUCUUGGAGGAUCAUUGUCUGUUAGUCUUGGUGUUAUGGUGACUAUUUUUCAGACAAUAUUUUGGAAAUCUGCAGUUGCAAUUCACUGCAACAUGCUCAAUGGUCUCCCAUAUUUUCUCCCUGUCUGUAUCUUAAAGAUGUUACCUAUUAAUGACCUGUUACAUUCACAUCGUUAAUGUACACAUUGUCCACCAAAUCCAGCUCGCAGGCCCACAAAAUGGUUGCCACUUUUACUUUACCACAAGUCUGCAUGAUAGCCAUAUCUCAUAUGAAAGUUACAGCUGUAAUGCAAUUCUCCAAUGAACUUAAGUAAAAUAAAAUCUACUGCUGCUGGAACCCUAACCAAAAACAAAUAGUUUUAAAAUCUCCCAUUUCAAUUUGCAAAAUAAGGAGGGAAUUUUAGAGACAUGGGAAGUUGUGGUUAAAUGCUUAGAUGUGUGCAUCUCUUGUUUCCUUCGAUUUUCCACAUUUUACAUCAAGUGAUAGUUAUGUCUUCAUUGAAGGCACACCAUUUUGGAUUAAGAAACAGCCUUAUAUUAGAUUUCUUUUAAAUGGGUGUGUGUGUGUGUGUGUGUGUGUGUGUGUGUGUGUGUGUGUGUGUGUGUGUGUGUGUGUGUGUGUGUGUGUGUGUGUGUGUGUGUAAGAGAGAGAAUGAAUGAGACAACCCCCCACCAGGGCAAAGCAGUAAUUAACAUCCAGCCUGCUCAAGUGGAACUCAUCACCUAAGCCUUUUAUAAGGCAGACCCAGUCAGGAAAAAAAAACUAAAGCAGAUCCAGGGAUGGUCUGUAGAACUGUCUGUCCCAGUCUGAGACUAGCCUUUGCACACCAUGAGUUAUGGUUCUAUUUUGGUGUUUAACAAUGAACAACGAUCCUUUUCAAUCGGGCUUCCUGAUUUACUAUAAUUUGUAACACUGCUUUUGUUCAAGUAAUUUAAUGUCUUCUGAAAGAUGGAGAGGAUCAAUUUUCUUUAAAUUGCUAUUAACGUCUCCUUACCAACCAAAUAUCUUUCUUUCAUCCUUAUUAUUUUAUGACAUUCUAUAUUCUGUGGUUUUCUAUAGUAAUUAACUCAAGAGUCCCAGUCUCAGGAUAAUUACUAAUGUUGUGAGUCAGUUGGCAAUUUAAAUAAUUUCAAAGAUUAGAGUGAAGAAUAAUUACAACAAUUAAACUAAGACAUCAACUUCAGUGUUUAGAGAUGAGAGUUUGAAUACAAUCUAAGAAUCAAUACUAAAAGAUGUUUGUUAUCGACAGCUGUCAAAAUCAUCAAUAAACUGAGGUUGGUUUAAUUUUUAGCUGGAAUUGAUAAUGAGCACAAAAUUCUUCUUAAUUUGGUCAAUUUAAGUCAGGAAGUUACACUGCUUUAAUUACCCAAUGGAAAUGAAGUCAGUUCUGGGACUCUUAGCUGUUUAGUAUCCUUGCAAUGUGGGAAGAUUAAAAGGUGAUUUUGACCUUGUUUAACAGUUUGAAAUGACAACCUGUUUUACAGCUCUCCUGACUUUUAUUUCCAUUCAUGUCAGUAGAAAUACAAUGAGGAGAGAUAUAACAGGGAACAUUGACUUGCCAUCAGUCAUUUCACACUGUCACAUAAGCUACCCUGCAGUGUGUUAAAUUGCUACUGAACUCCACGUACCUCAGAACAAAACUGAAAUAGUACAUUUCUGACUCCUAACUCCUAUAAAAUUGGUGCAAAAUUGAAAUCCAUAUACAAAACAAAUAAAGUAACUAUCUGAACAUGUAAUGUAACAGUAUACCUUUAGAAUCGAAGGAACAACAGUAAAUUAGUAAAUUUAGUUACUGAGGAAAGUGUAACAUAAAUAAUUGCAUCUAUGUAAUGGUGGUUUCAUAUAUGAUAACAAUAUUGUUUGGGUAUCGGGAUUAGAUAUGUAUAUAGUCAAGGACUUGUUUUUUUUGAUUUGUGGAAAAUAGGGCUAUCUCUUACUGGUGGCAUCUGCAUGAUCUGAAGGUUAACUUGCUGAAUUUUGUCAACUGCAUGGAGACAUGUUUUGGGGGCAGUGUUAGAGGGCAGUGUUUCAGAUUGUCUCUCUGUACCUUUUUCAGCGGUGGGCUUGGAACAAGCUCGGCUGUCAUUGCAAUUCAUGAAGCCAACAGUGGCCACAUUUGGAUAAUUUUACAAUGAGAUUGGUAGUUUCCACCAAUGGAGUGGUCCCUGCUAAGUGUGGAGGCUGCCAGCUCAAUUGAAGUGACAUCCCAGUAGUAAGCCACAUGGUCAUUGGAUCCAUCUGCAUGCCCCAAUAACAUUACUACAGGACUCAAAGGCUUGUCUCUACACCUGGGGUGGAGGUUCCUAUUGCCUUAAGGCUUUAUUGUUUGUUGACAUCUCUGAAGGUAGAUGCCUAUAUCAUGAUGUACUCUGGUGCAUGCCUGGCAGCCAUGGCAGUGCCUAUUAAUCCCAGUGUGUUGCUGCGCUGACAGCAGUACAAACCUUCUGCUUGGACCCCACUUUCUGUCUAUCCUCUUUAAUUGGACAGAGCUCCCAGAGGCAGCUUUACAUUUAGCCUCCUGAAAAAAAUUGCAUCAAUCAUUCCACUUCCUAGUUUCCAACCCAGAGUUGAGGCCAAUUUCAGGAUUGCUACAUAACUGAGAAAAGCCCAUAAUGUGCCAACUGAGUUAAUGUAUCAGACCUGUGACCUUCCGUCAAAACUCAUGAUUUCUCAGAGAGACAGGCAGACAUGAAACAUAACUCUGUUUCUAUCUGGAAAGAAUCAAACAUACAUACUGUAGAAUGGCUAUCUAGAUCGGAAUUGGGAACUCAUGCAAAGAUAAUGAGAGUUACUAUAGGGAGAGAAAAGUCUGUCCUAAUUCCUUGAAAGUAUGUUCAUUACGUUGCAUAAAUCUGAAGAUAUUCUCACACUCUGGUUGAGAUUUUAACUCAUUCAAAAACCUUACGUGGUAUUAAGAUCAGGCCUACAUGUAAAACUGUUAACUAUAUGUUAAUUAGGGCAGAAGUCAGACAGCACCAGGUUCCAGUCCAACGCGUCACCUGAGGAUGGAGCAGCGCUCCAAAAGCUUGGUCAUACAAGUCCACACCAGCCCUCUGAAGAGCAUCCUAUGCAGACGCAUCGCCCUACCCAUCCUAUAACCCUACAUUUUCUGUGGCUUACGCAUCUAACUUGCACAUCCUGAACACUAUGAGCAAUGUAGCAUAGCCACUCCACCUAACUUGUGAUUUCGAAUAAAUCUGUUGGACUUUCAUCUGGUGCUGUGUGAAUUCUGACCUUGUCCACCCCAGUCUAACGCCGACACUUCCUCAUCAUAUAUUAAUUAGAUACACUCUUUAAAUUUCAAUUUGCACCAGACUGGUGGAAUAGAAGCUGUUGUAUUUUUCUGAUGCUAAGAGUCCUAUCUGUAAUGAGGAUGAACAGUCCUCAUCUAGUUUUCAGUGUGGGCUUGAGCACAUAUCACAAAACAUUUCACAAUUUGGCUCAGACUAGCAAUAAAUUUUGACAGUCUCCCACAGGAAGGCCACAAAGAUUACUGAUACAGCAAAGGAAAGGAACAGCACACUGCUUUUGUUGACACAAAAAUCUGCUACUGGGUCCUUACACAUGGCACUUUACAUCUGAUUAAACUAUACUUCACUUGGUAAUGGAAAAGAAGAACACUGCUUAUAAUGAGAAUCUGACAAAAAGCAGAAAAUAAAGUAUGGAAAUAUUCAGUAUAUCAGGCAGCAUCUGUGAAGAGAAACCGAGUUAAUGUUUCAGGUCGAUGAGGAUCCAUCAGGCCAGUUUAAAUAUUUCCAGCCUUUUUCAUCCUUACUUGGUGAUGCUUGUUGCUGAUCUGAUGAUGUGAAAUUUAAGAAAAAUGCUGAAAGUGGAACAAAUCUCCUUCAUCUUAAGCACAAAGCAGUACAUUUUAAAAAUAAUAUUCCCUGAUUUUUUAAAAAAAGUAUUCUGUGCUUUCCUUUGAAUUGUCCUGUUGCUUCGCAUGUACUAUUUAUCUUAAACACUGUUUAUUAUCUUCCAUUGAGAAUUAGGGCCACUAAAAGGCUAUUAAAAAAAUCAGUGUUCCAAAGUUAAUUUUCUACACAGGCUGUUAAUGGAAGAUACGAUUUGGCUUAUUAUUAAGAAUGAACUACAAAUAACCAUACUUUAAACUGCCUUAAAUCUGCAGUACAUUAAACCCUGAGCAUCAGGGAAAGCGAAAACAUUUCAGACAAUCCCUUGGGGAGCAUCUUAGCAAACUGUAGUGAUGUUUUAAAAGGACAUGUGUUAACCAUUUAAACAAUCAGGGCAUAUAACAUGAUGUGGCACUCUAGGAGUUCAAAAUACUGCAGUACUUUUUCAAUUAUAUUUCCUCUUAUUAAAUGUUACUUGUGAAAUGAAUCUCGGUACCUUUAUUAGUGAAUGUACAAAUGCAAACUGAUGCACAUUAUGUUUCAGAUGCACAUAUUAAAUGAGAUUUUGUUAUUGAAAAAUUAUAUAUAUAUUUUUCUCUUAGUUGUAAUGGUUAAACACAGCUGCCCUGAACCUAGCAUACCAACACUAACCACUUUGUUUUUACUGGUUUGAACUUCAAAAAAAAAGGUUCUGUCGCCAAAUUGAUCCAUUUGGAUAGAGGUGCUGUUGAUUACUUAAUUAAAACAUAUUUGCUGAAAUGCUUGCUGUUACUUAGCUGUAAUAAAUGUUACAUUCAUGAACAUGAUGUGAUUACAAAAAAAAACUUGUAUUUAUUUGUGCGAUGCUGAAAUAAAGGAAGUCUGGGAUUUUA